CUAGCUGCAUGUAAAAGUUUCACUGGCCUAGGGGCCAUUAGUUAGAUGCUGCUGAGUUUCUGUGUGCAUGGUCCUGCCAGUUAUUAGUACUGUGUGCUUGUGGCUGUUUGGAGGGGGAAGAGAAAAUAUCUGUAUGGUACGGUACCAUGUUAAAUAUAACUGGAGGCACCUUUCCACUGAAAGCACUGAUAAAGCAACAGACUUCAUAAUCUGAAGGAAAGGGCAAUUUAUCACUACCAGGAGGUGGCAGCAGAGAGCCUGUUUCCCGGAGGCACCUUUGGAGUCUGCUGAAAUUUGUUGAACUUGUCUCAGAAAAUAUCGGCUGAUUUCACCAGGGAAGGAAGGGCUGUUCACACUAUUGGCUCAGUGAGAUCGCAAAGUUCUCUCUAGAGCAAAUCUUUUGUCAUCAAAGCACCUUCGAACAUCCUAAUUGUGACUUCACAGAGAGGUUAGAUAUUUGUGACGGACAAGUCAAGGAGAAUGCCUUUUGCAUUGGUUUGAAGCCUGUUUAUUUUCUAUAGUGAAGAGAAUCUUCAUUAAUGAUUAGAUCUGUUUGAUGGAAAUUUCUGAUAGUUAUCGCCAGCAGUGAAGGACGAUCUCCCCAGGUUUUGUGCGACUUCAUGUGAAGAUGGAACCGCGUCCGACUUCAGGAGAAAUUGACCAACGAUCGACCGUGUAAACACUUGCAAAGACCCAGAAGAGAGUUGUGCCAAUUGCCUUAACCUGCCAGCUUUGUUGAAGAGUAUCAGUAAUUGUUUCUGCAAUGGUUACAUGAGCUGCAGCGGUCUAUGGGCAGACAUUGUUUGUAUUCAGCUGACUGUCGACUCGUAGAAGGGAAGAAAGGCAGAAAAAGAUUCCCCUCAAAUCAUGAAUUUUUUCAUGAGGUUUCCUCGGCAUUUGCGGAGGAUGGUGUUCUUGCUGGCUGCCUUUUGCAUGGUGAGUGUUAUUAUAUCAGCGUAUUACCUUUAUACUGGUUACAAACAAGAACUGGAACUUUCUAAACCCACCCCGGAACAAGAUUGUGGAGAUCCAAAACAUUUACCGUACAGAUCAUUUGAAAUGAAGAUUGCAAAACCGAUUGACACGUCCAGAGCAGACCCGAUGGUUCUGGUAUUUGUUGAGACUCAAUAUUCACAGCUUGGACAGGAGAUUGUGGCAAUAUUGGAGUCGAGCCAUUUUAAACACCACACUGAAAUUGCCCCUGGCAAAGGGGACAUGCCAGCUUUAACAAACAAGGACAGAGGAAGAUAUGCACUUGUUAUAUAUGAAAAUAUUUUAAAAUAUGUGAAUAUGGACUCGUGGAAUAGAGAACUGCUCGAUAAAUACUGUAUGGAGUAUAAUGUUGGCAUUAUAGGAUUUCACAAAGCCAAUGAGAAUAGUGUACUGAGCUCACAAUUGAAGGGUUUCCCACUGAACCUGCACACCAACCUUGCUCUGAAGGAUUGCUGUAUCAACCCACGAUCUCCUCUGCUGCGCAUCACCAAAGCUAAAGAAAUCGAGAGAGGCCCACUGCCAGGCGAGGACUGGACUGUGUUCCAGUUCAAUCACUCUACUUACCAGCCGGUGUUGCUCGCCAAACCAAGAUUGACUGAGAGCAUUCCUCACCACAUCACUGACGAAGUUCUCCAUGCCACUGUGGUUCAGGAUCUGGGGCUGUUAGAUGGCAUUCAGCGAAUCCUGUUCGGGAACAACGUAAACUUUUGGCUGCACAAACUUAUUUUUGUGGAUGCGAUCGCUUUCCUCACAGGGAAAAAGUUGUCGCUCUCCUUGGAAAGAUACAUUCUUGUGGAUAUUGAUGACAUAUUUGUGGGGAAAGAAGGAACAAGGAUGAAUGUUAACGAUGUGAAGGCAUUACUUGAAACGCAAAAUCUAUUGCGAACCCAGGUUCCCAACUUUACCUUCAACCUUGGAUAUUCUGGAAAAUUCUACCAUACAGGGAUGCUCGCGGAGGAUGAAGGUGAUGAUAUGCUGCUAAAGUACGUGAAUGAAUUUUGGUGGUUCCCUCACAUGUGGAAUCACAUGCAACCUCAUCUCUUCCACAACGAAUCGGUCUUGGCUGAGCAAAUGAUUCUCAACAAGGAGUUUGCAUUAAAACACGGUAUUCCCACUGACAUGGGCUACGCCGUGGCACCACAUCACUCUGGUGUCUAUCCGGUCCAUGUUCAGCUCUAUGAAGCAUGGAAGAAAGUGUGGGGCAUCACGGUGACCAGUACCGAGGAGUAUCCGCACUUGAAACCUGCACGUUACAGGCAUGGCUUCAUCCAUAGUGGCAUCAUGGUACUCCCACGUCAAACCUGUGGCCUUUUCACACAUACCAUAUUCUACAAGGAGUACCCUGGAGGCCCAAGAGAACUGGACAAAAGCAUCAGAGGAGGAGAACUCUUUCUCACUGUUCUUCUGAAUCCAAUCAGCAUAUUCAUGACGCACUUAUCCAACUAUGGGAAUGAUCGACUGGGACUCUACACCUUUGUGAACUUGGCUAAUUUUGUUCACUGCUGGACGAACCUGAAACUGCAGACGUUGCCUCCAGUGCAGCUGGCACACAAAUACUUUGAGCUCUUUCCUGAGCAAAAGGAACCACUAUGGCAGAAUCCAUGUGAUGAUAAACGACACAAGGACAUCUGGUCCAAAGAGAAAACCUGUGAUCGUUUACCAAAAUUUCUGGUGGUUGGGCCUCAAAAAACGGGCACCACUGCUUUGUACCUGUUCCUAAUUAUGCAUCCAGCCAUCACCAGUAACUUCCCCAACCCAAAGACCUUUGAAGAAGUGCAGUUCUUCAAUGGGAAUGCUUAUCACAAGGGAAUUGACUGGUACAUGAAUUUUUUUCCUAUCCCUUCUAAUGUGACCACAGACUUUUUGUUUGAGAAGAGCGCAAACUACCUUCACUCUGAAGACGCCCCAAAUCGAGCUGCUGCCCUCUUACCAAAGGUGAAGAUAAUUACCAUUCUCAUCAACCCUUCGGAUCGGGCCUAUUCCUGGUAUCAGCACCAGCGAGCCCAUGAAGAUCCAGCAGCCCAGCGUUACAGUUUUUAUGAGGUGAUUACGGCAGGCCGAAGAGCCACCCCCGAACUUCGAGCCCUUCAUAACCGGUGUCUGGUGCCUGGUUGGUACGCAGCUCAUAUCGAGAGGUGGCUAACAUACUACCCCGCUAGUCAGUUACACAUUAUAGAUGGACACAAACUGAGGACUGAUCCUGCUGUGGUAAUGGAUGGUGUGCAGAAAUUCCUCGGAGUUUCCCAAUACUACAAUUAUUCUCAAGCUCUGAUGUUUGAUCCACAAAAAGGCUUCUGGUGCCAGUUGCUCGAUGGAGGGAAGACAAAGUGUCUGGGGAAAAGCAAAGGCAGGAAAUAUCCAGCAAUGGAUGUAGAGUCCAGAACAUUCCUCUCAAGAUACUACAAAGACCACAACAUUGAACUGUCCAAGUUGUUCUACAGAUUGGGUCUGCCAUUACCAGCUUGGCUGAGGGAAGAGCUGCAAAAAGUGAUGAGAUAGUUGUUGUUGGAAAAAUGGAAGCAAUGUUGCUAUCAUCAGUCUCGACGCACAGCAUCCAGUACUCCAGUAGUCCUUUCCUCUCAAGCUAGGGGUGACUGCCAAAAAUAAACAACUUUUCACGAUACCUCUACAAACAGAAAGUAUUCUUUAAUCUUUCCAUAUGCUGGCAUGUGGUAUUGUAAAGCUGACAGCACACGAGGAAAUGUGGGUUAGCAGCCUAUGGCUGAGUUAUAUGUUUAACUGAUGACAUUUAGUUUGGGCCCCAAACCUGCCCCACCCACCCUAUCUCAAUAUUGAGUGAGUUAUUGUUAAGACAGAAAAAUGUGAUUCAUUUUGUAAAUGAAACCAGUGCAGUGCUGGCUAACUGUCUGGUACCUGCAGUGAGAAAAAAAAUUGCACUAUGUUACUUUUACUGCCAUGCAUUUAAAUUAAUCCAAAAUCAUAAGCUGGUCAUUAUAAACGUGUUUUAAAUCA